UACGAACAGAAUUUGAUUCUGCAUUUUAGAAAGCAUCAUAAGGGAGUUGUGAGUGAUCCGCUAAUAAAAAAAAAAGAACUUUACUGCUAUCUGAGCCUCGACAUGUUCUUAGCAUGUUCUAAAAACUUCUAAAAACUAACGACUUCUCAGGCUGGACGUUUUUAUAGAAAAGGUUCUUAUAAAAAAGAGUAUAUUUUCUUGUGAUCCCACCACGCCUACUCAGACCAGUUUUUCUACAGCUUGUCAAUAGUCUUCCUAGCCAUAAUACCACAUACCCUCUAUGAGAUGAGUUUUGCCUCCAAUUACUUGAGCGGAUAUUGGUCUUUCGCCUUUGUUGAUUUUUCAUAUCAGAUCAAAAAUAAAUGAUCAAAGAAGAAGAUUCAAUUUGGAGUCGGUAAAGUCAGUCAAUGCUGCGCUUUUAUAAAAAAAAAACUAAUCAGAGCCUAGAUGAAAGUCUCCCCACGACACAAAAGUUUCUUUGGGACAAACAAUAGUCGCUAAGUGACAAGCAAACAUUGGCUUAAAGUUUUAAAAAAUAGAAUAAAAAGCUUUGCACGAUCCAGGCAUUAGCUAUAGCGCCAGGUGCUGGUUACAACAGCUCUGAUUUCCUUGCAACCCUGAAAGCAAUUCCACAGAUACAUAUGAUGUCCUGGAUACUUUGCUUAUUUCAAGUGAUAAGCCUGAUUGAAAUGGUAUCUGCGUCAGAUCUGAGCCUUGAGUCGUUCUGUCCAGCGUCUAUUCACUCACCAGGCGCGCGCAUCACAAAAAUGGACCAAUAUCUAUUAGGUCGUGUGAACGAGAGCCUGCAGGCUCAAAGUCUGAUCACAUGCAGUCAGCGGUGUCUCCAAAAAGACUGGUGUAUAUCAAUUAACUACGAUAUGUCUCGCGUGGAGGGAGGAAAGUGCGAGUUGAAGGAUUAUGAGAUAGAAAGCGGUGAAAACGUCAAAACCCAAAAUCCAGAGUUCGAACCUAGGGCAGGAUGGGUGUACUCACGACUCAGAACCACACAGUUCAAUCGGCUGCUGAGCAAUUGCACGGAUUGCUAUAACGGAGCCACUUGUAAAGUCAACUGCACGAACCUGCACUUACAUCACUGCAUCUGUGUAUCCGGAUAUACAGGGGCCAAAUGUGAAGUUGACUUUGACGAGUGCGCCAGCGCACCCUGCGCCCACAAUGGCACAUGCACAGAUAUCGUCAACAAUUUUACAUGCGCGUGCACACCAGGAUUUGGUGGCCGUCAAUGUGCUGUCGAUGUUGGAGUCGUGUUUGUGUUUCGAAACCACAGUAAAGACAACUUCAUAGAUAUCACCGCACGGUUGCCUUCUCUUAAUGCGUUUACCGUAUGUACAUGGUACCAGAUUGCUAACUGGGAGGACGAGAAUGUCAUCUUCUCUUACAUCAGUGGCGACGGUAAAGACGCACUAGGACUCGGCUUCAAAUCAAAAGACGUUUACGUUGCGCACAACAAUAAAAUUAGCCCCUUUGUCUUAGCUGAAAGUUUACCAACGAGCAGUGGAUGGAACCAUUUCUGCCUAGAAUGGGAUCACAACAACGGAAGAUUUAAGUUUUAUGAUAAUGGGGAAAAAACCGGCGAACAAGAUGUUUUGUCAACGAAUCAAAAACUUUUUGCUGCAAACGGUACUCUCAGAAUUGGCCAGGGAGGAACCUUCUCUCUAAGCGGCAACAUCUCGGGAUUCGCAUUCUACAGCAAUACUUUGGGGAAAGGUAAAACAAAAGACGUGUUUGAAGCUGGCUGCAUAAAUAACGUCAUAGCAGAGAGCGAUCUGGCUCUUCAAUGGAAGACGAUUCGCGAUUAUGCCGUAUUCAACGGUUUUGCUAAUGUUGCAAGUCCUGCAAACUGUUAAACGCUUGAGAUAUAAACGCACAGUGCCUAGAGAUAUAUGGACUUUUAGUAUAGAAAAGUGGUAAGCAGUGGUCGCUUUAUUAAAUUUGCAAUCGCACCAGUCUACUUCCGGAGGGCCGACGAAAACCUCAACCGACAAGAGACAAUAGAUACUAUAAGAUUCCAUGCUAUUUAACAGGCCACCCGCUCUAAAUUAUUACUCACACAUCCUCAAAGAAACAUAUAUAAAACACAUUGCUUUUACAAUUUUGAAAUAUUUUUCGCGUUCCUGUAAAACCAUCAGAUAUCCAACGGAAGCAAACUGGUGACUUUGCGAUUUAUAGGUACGGUAAUACGAGCAGCAAUACCGUACCGAACUUUUGUGGCAGCAUUUG